UCUGGAACGGGCGCAGCCAUCCGGCGCGUGCGCAGACGCCCGGGUUGAAAAGAGCGGUUAAACGACGUCGCGUUCCUUCGCCAUUUAUGAACGCGCGUCCAUUGUUCGCUGUUAGUUUCAAACACCAACGGCCGCCCGCCCGCUUGUCCGCCAGCCGCCAACCAGCCACUUGGCCGCGGCAGCCACACAUUGACGACGCGGCAACAGGGAGCCGCGCAGCGCAGCGCAGCGGGGUGGCCGCUCACAGCGAUGGGCUCGUCGGGCGGGCUGCCGCCCACGGGCGUCUGUCUUGCUCUCCGGGUGACCCGGGUAGACCCACCCCGACCCGGCUCGGUGUUGGUCCGGCUGUGGGGCCGCUUCCAGCAGCGCGAAAGGCAACCAGAGUACCUGAGGCUGCACAGUGAGAUACAGAGCUGGGCCAAGGCGCUGCGGCUGGGCCAGGGAGGCGGCAGCGCCGGCGGCGUUUGUCCCGGAGCUCCCGCUCCGCCGCUAGACACCAACGAACGCUGCCUGGCCGAGAUCUGCGGCGAGUGGCACCGGGCUCGGGUCUUGAGCCGCGUCGGCGACGACUACACCGUCUUCACGCUGGACGAAGGGCGGGCGCUGCCGGUCCGGGCUCGCAGCCUGGACCGAGGUAAGAAGGAUUUCUUCCAGCUGCCGCCCGAGGUAGUUUGCUGCAUCCUGGCCAACCUGGUGCCGGUCACCGGGCCGGGAGCCGCAGCCGACAAAAGUGUCCAGGAGGAGGAGGACGAAGAAGAGGAGCAGGAGGAGAGUCGACAGCGGCCGCCGCCGCUACAGGAAGGUGACGAGGAGGAGGAGGAGGAGGAGGAAGAUGAAGAGGAGGCGACGGAGGAGGAGGAGGGGACGGGCAGCGGCGGGCGGGAGGAGCUGCCCCGCGAAGUGGGCACCAGGCCCCGAGGUGGCCACGGCCCCGCCUCCUCCUGGCCGCCCGGAGCGCUGUCUUUCUUCCGCGCCCUGCAGGGCCGCACGCUGGAGGCGCAGGUGGAGGCGGUGCUGCCCAACCGCCUGGUGUUGGUGGAGGUAGCGCGGGUGUCGCGGCAGCUGUGCGAGCUGGGCCUGGCCCGCACCAUCGACGCCGGUGCCUUCCGGCUGCUGGUCGAGGUGUCCACCUCACGGCCCUGCGUGGCGCUUAGGAAGGAGCGCCUGGGCCUUCUGCCCCUGCCGCAGCCGCCAGCGGCUUCCAUCACCGCUGCACCCGCCCAUAGCCUGGGCGACGCCGAGACCCUUGUGCCGCCGCUGAUUUCUGCUUCGCAGCCGUCCAGCGAGGCGGGCUACAGCCUCAAUUACUUCUACCCGCUGCUGCAGCUCGGCGAGACGGUGGCGGUGAGGGUGACCCACGUCCGCUACCCCGACCGCUUCUUCUGCCAACUGAGGUGCCACUGCCCCGAGCUGGAGCGGCUGCACGACAGCAUGCACCGCUACUACGACAACGGGCGAGCGGCCGAGGCGCAGCGCAAACUGGGCACGCCUUGCGCGGCCAAGAGCACCGACGGCCGCUGGCACCGCGCCAUCAUCCAGCACACACUGGCCGACGGCGUGCUGGAGGUCUUCUACGUUGACUACGGGGACCGCGAGGUGGUGCCAGCCCGCGCCGUGCGGCGGCUCAGCCCCGGAUACUUCAAGAUGCCCAUCGUCACCUACCCCUUCGCGCUGCGCGAUGUCUCCGACUAUGGCCGCGGUUGGACAGUGCGACACGUGGAGCUGCUCAAGUCGCUAAUCUUGCGUAAGGUGCUGCAAGCCAAGGUGGAGUUCUACAAUUCGGUGGAAAACGUAUAUUAUGUCACCCUCUAUCAGGAGGAUGGCCCUACCAUCAAUGCGGCCUUUUGCACCCAAGCGGAGGGUCUGCUCUCUGGGUAUUACACGGAGGAAAGAGGAAUGGGAAACGAUUGCCAGAAACUGAAUGCUCUGCAGUGUGGUGGUGACUAUCUGAUUGGGGACAAGAGGAUAGAAGGGAUAUCAAAAGUCAAAGAUCGCACGUCUCUACUCAAGAAUGCUAAUUUGAAAUUAAACGCAUUUUACGAUGUCCUGGUUGAAUUUGUGAAAGAUCCUUCAGAAUUUUGGAUCCGAACCAUGGAGACGGCAGGCGAAUUUGAGAAGCUCAUGAAUAGCAUUGCCAAAAAAUAUGGACAUUUGGGUCGAAAUGAAGGAUUGGUAAAGAAGCCUGAACCCGGUUUGUUGUGUUGUGCUAAAUUCAAGGCUGACAAUUUGUUUUAUAGAGCUGUUAUUACAGAGAUUCUUGAUGGUCAUUUCAGGGUUUUCUUCAUUGAUUAUGGAAACAUGGAAAUUGUGGACUGGCAUGAUGUUAAGGCCUUACUUCCAGAGUACCGAAAACUUCCCGCUUUAGCAAUUAAGUGCUGCCUUGCUGACCUGGUAUCCAAAGGAGGAGCUUGGAAUAGAGAAGCUAUUGCCUAUUUUGAAAAGGCUGUGAUUGAAAAACAUCUUGUAGUUCACGUCUUGGAGAAAGAAAUGGACAAAUAUUUGAUCGAACUGCUAGAUGUGGAAGAUGAGAGUGAGCCCAGUGUGAACAAGUUAAUUUUGCAAGCUGGAUAUGCUGAUCGUCAAGAUCGUAGAGUUUCAAACUUCACUUCGAAGAAUUUGGAUUUAUUGGGUCAUUUGCACAUUCAACAUUCAUCUGAAGAAAUGUUUCCUAUGUUUGGCAGGAGCAAAAUGGACAAAUUUGAGCAAAGACCAAUGACGCCAGAUGUAGUCAAACCUUUCACAGAUUACUGUGGAACAGCAUCACUGGGCUCAAGUGAUUCUUUAAUUUCAUUACUUUCUGGUCAGGGCGAAUUUGAAGGUAAUGCCACAACAGAAAUGAUGGAAUCAGUAAUUACAGAAUCCCCUUAUAGACAAGAAUAUCUUAAAGUGGGAAGCACAGUAGAUGUACAAGUUUCUUACAUUGACGAGCCUGGUGACUUUUGGUGUCAAAUGACUAAAAAUACACAUGAAUUGAAGAUACUAAUGAGUAAAAUACAAGAAUAUUACAAUACACAUGAUGAUCAAUUUCAACCUGGUCAAUCUGCUUGCAUUAUAAAGUACUCUGAGGAUGGCAAGUGGUAUAGAGCACUAAUCCUUGGCAAAGUUAUUUUGAUGGAGGUAGAUGUGUUGUACAUUGAUUAUGGAAAUAGAGAAUGUGUGCCCAUAAGUGAGCUACGUGCAAUAAGACCAGAGUUUCUUCUUUUCAAAGGUCAGGCAUUUAGAUGCAGUCUUUACAACAUAAUUCAGCCAAUGGGUCCUGAUCCGUUCAUGUGGAAUGAAGAUUCAAUUGCUGCAUUUCAAGAAUUUAUUGAUAAUGCCUUAAGCUUGUACAUGGAGCUGAAAUGCACAGUGUAUGCAUGGACUGUGGUGGAUGGCAAAGGACUUUGUAAUGUUGUGGAUUUGAAUACCCCAUUCCAGAGUGCUUGUCAGUUGCUUAUUGAGCGUGGCUUAGCCAAAUUUGUAGGAUCACCUAGUAUUCUUGCUCCAUCAGUAAGCCUUUACACUUAUUACUAUUCAACUCAUGAUGUAAAAAUUGGAAGUGAAGAAGAAAUGUAUGUGAGUCAUGUUGUAAAUCCAACAAAAUUCUACUGUUUACUUGGUAGAAACAUGGGUGUUCUAGAAAAACUUGCAGACAAAGUUAACAAAUUGUCUUGUAAGAUGCAAGGCUAUAAUUGUACACAGGGUGUGGACCCUAUUUGUCUUGCAAAAUAUACUGAUAAUCGAUGGUAUCGUGCUUUAGCAUGGCCUGUACAAAACAGAAUUCGGGUUUCUUUUGUGGACUAUGGGAACAAACUAGAUGUUGACAAGAAUGACUUGCUUCCUAUACCAAACAGUGCAAAAGAUGUUAAGUUCGCACCUAUGCAAGCAAUUAAAUGUGGUUUGUCUGACAUACCAGCUGACUUAUCCCUUGACAUUAUUUUCUGGUUUAAAAAAACAGUAAUGGACAACAAGCUUUUAAAAGCUGUAGUUGUUGCCAAAGAGACUGAUGGAAAACUGAUUGUUGAAUUAUAUGAUGGGAACAUGCAACUUAAUGCAAAAAUUAAAGAACAGCUUUGUUUGCAGAGCACUAAUGAAACAAAAACAAAUGGAAAUGUAGGAAGGCAAAAAAACAAGAGUGAAAAAUCAUGCUCUCCUUAUAUGGCAAAGAGUGACAGUGAGUCAUUGCCUUUCAAAAGGCGUAUUGUUGAAGAUCAGAAUGAAGAUCAUGAAACUGAAAAGCUAACUGGAUCUGUUUGCAAGCAGGAGAAAUGGAAGAAUAAGACUGAAGUCACUUCGCAGGCCGAAGAGUUUAAAAAAUGUGCCAACAAAAUAGGUGCAAUGAGUACAAAAGAAUCUUCUGAUAUAAAAUCUGGUGGAGAAAUGGGAGAUCAUAAAUUUGACAAGAAUGUUGAAAACACUAACUUGAUCACAAAAUGGUCUAAGGUGACAAACAUUUCUCUGAAUCCUGGAUUUAAAAGUGAAGUAUCUGUUUCAUAUAUUAUCAGCCCAUCACACUUUUUCAUUCAGCUCUCUCAAAAUAAAGAUAAGCUAAAAGUGAUGAAAGAAAAAUUAAACGCAUGCACUACAAACGAUAGGAAUGUUGGAAGCUUUCAGAUCGGAGAUGUUGUCUGUGCAAAGUUCUCUGAAGAUGACUCUCUAUAUAGAGCUGUAGUAACAGAAUUUUACAAUGAUUUGUUUUCAGUGGAAUAUAUAGAUUAUGGUAAUACAGCAACAAUUGAUGCUUCAAAAAUCUUCCCUCUUCCAAAAGAUUGCAUGGAAGUCCAACGACUUAGCAUACCUUGCUCUCUUGCUGGAUUUCGGAAUGCAAAUUUCAAUGAAAGCAAAGUAAUACUAGCUGAAUUUGUAAAGAGGACCAAUAAGACUGGACUAUUGUGUGAAUUUGUGCAACAGUUUGGACAAUUGUGGGAGGUUCACCUCUGUGAUGACCAGAGACUGUUGGCUGACUUGUUGAAAGACCUCGUAUUUAAAAGUGGUUUACCGUAUUCUAAGCAAUUGACUGAAUAUCCUGCAAUUGAUUUAAGACCUGCAUCCAAAUUCAAUGCAUAUGUUAUUGCAGUAAGGUCUCCUCAACAAUUUUGGUGUCAAUUUAAGACAACAAGUGAUGGCAUUUUUAUUGAAUCGCAUGAAGAUAAAUAUGAUCAAAAGUUACAGUUCAAAGAUGACUUAACAAUCGAGGCUGGCAAUCUAUGUAUGGUGAAAACUAAAGAUCAUAAUAACUGGGCCUCUUGUGAAAUUGUGCAAGUUCUUAAUGGAGUUGUUGAGGUACUCUUUCUGAAGGAGAGCAUUAAGGAAGAAGUAAAAUGUGAAGAUAUAAAAGGAGUAACAGCUACAUUUACAUUAACUUAUGAAUGUAAAUUGUAUGGCUUGGUUCCAGGUGAUGGGAGUUGCUGGUCUGAAAAAGCCAUUGAACUCUUUAAAACUUCAGUUUUGCACAAAACUAUAACUGUGAAGGUUUGUAGUGUAUCUGAAGAUAAUAUAUUAGAAGUGGCCAUAUAUGAAAAUCUGGACAACGUGGUAAGAAAUAAAUUAACUGCUUCAGGAUUUGGUGUUGAGAAGCUGAAUGAGAGUUCAUCUAACACAAUCGGCUUUGGACGAUACAUCAGAAAAUUUCCUUUAAUGGGGCAAUCCAUUGAAGGAUAUAUCACAGCAGUGGAGAGUCCUAGCUAUUUCUGGUGUCAAUAUUCAAUACCUGAAAUUCAGAUGCUGUCUAAAACUAUGCAAGAAGUUGGAGUAUUUAGUAUUACCAAUCGAGAAUUGCUUUCCAAUAUUUCGAUUGGUGACAGUUGUGUUUGUAAAUAUUCGGAAGAUGAACUGUGGUAUCGAGCUGAAGUAAAAAAUAUAAAUGAAAGCAUUCUUACCUUGCAAUAUGUUGACUAUGGGAAUGAAGAUGAUGUUAGAAUAGAGCAGGUUAAAAGGAUACCCAAGGAACUGCUGAAGAUUCCUACCCAAUGUUUUCCAUGUUGCCUUUCUGGGUAUGAUUUGUCAAAAGGUUCUUGGAAAGAUGGUGCCGUGGAUGCACUGCUUCAAUUUUCAGAUCAGUUGUUAAAUAUUUCUGUGGUGGAAAAUGAAUAUAGGGAGGACAGUGGUGCUCCACUUUUAUCACAUGUCCAAGUCCAAUAUGCUGGUGGUACAAUUAAUGAUGCAGUGAGAGAAUCGUGGAAUCUACAUGCUGAAAAGUAUAAUGGAAGUGAUCAGAUAUCUGAGAAUUCAUUAAGUACUGAGCAGUUAACUCCUGUGCAUUCAAGCCCCGUUGGCCUGAAUGCAGAAGAGAAGCUAUUGAUAGAACCUACACCUUUGAAGUUAUCAAGUAAAGACAGCUUACUCUUAAUUGCACAGACUGAAAAUGAGGAAAAGGUGCAUACUGAUAUUCCACCUGCACAUGUAAAAGAGAGAGAAUACACAAUUAAUGUUCUGUAUAGUGAGUUGUCUCCACCGGUGGAUGGUAUGAGCAAGGAAAUAGAAAUGCUGAAUACUUCAAAGAUGCAGGAACUUGAUGUGCUGACUUCAGUUCCUGCAGAGAGCAAUAUUAAUAUCCAUUCAAGGCCCGUGAUAGACGUAUCUUCAAAACAGAACUGUCUGAAUGAAAACUCUUCAAACCACCAGCAUGAAGAGGCAAAUCUUAAAAAUGAACCAUCCUUGGAUCUAGAUACAAGCAAAGUAUGUGAAGAUUUGGAAGGCUCUGUGCAGUCCAUUGAUCUAUAUGAAGAGAUUUUUAAAUGCCAACAUGAUCAGCCUUUUAUUGAGGAGAUUGGUGAUGAUUCUAUGACCCGUAUUCUCAUAUCCCAUGAUGAUGAUGAUGACGAGGAGUACUAUGAAGAUCAGCACUUAUCAGAAGUCCAACUGAGUGACAGUGAUACGGAAGAACAGUUUGCAACAGCUGUUGGGUUGAACAUCUGCUCGGAAGAAGAAACCAAAAUUCCAUCUGGAGCAAAUCUUGGUGGAGUUACAAAUGAAGGAUUACUAGAAAAUAUGAAUGAAAAAGAUGGAUCAUCUUUACUGAAACUUCAAUCUGAAUUUGAACUUUCAUACCAGUUCCAUCAAUGUGAGAAUGAACAUCAGGAUACCAAGUCAAGCUGCCCUAAUUACAGUAUGGAUGCCAAGAAGGAAAUGAUUGCUUCUGAAGUUCAUUGUGAUGAAGAUGAUGGCCAGAUUUUACCCUCCAUUACUGAUGUUAAUCUGGAUAAAGAACAAUCGAUUCAUGGUGGCAGCAGUGAGGUUACAGAUGCUGUGCUUCCUUCCACUGCAUUGUUUGAACACUUAAUUGAUCAAAAACGCAAACGUCAACUGAUGCCUUUUUCAACACUUUCAGUAUCAGAAAAAAUAAGUAAGUUUGAGAAUCUGUCAGACACAAAUUUGGAAGCUAAUGUCUGCAUCACAGUGGAAAGCACAUCUGUGGAUUUACUCCAUUAAUGGUCAUCAGAUGUCAAAAAUACAGAUUCCCGUUUCUGUGACAAACUUACUGAUUCCUGCUUCUGAAGAAUUUUGUUAAUGCUGCAGCUACAAUACUGGAAAAUGAGCAGAAUUUUUCAUUUAGUCCCUUGUGUUGCUGUACUGAUUUUAAAAGGUAAAUUUAAAGGACGCUACGGUCUCCAAUGAACCUCAAUACAGAAACUGCUCGAGUACUUUGUUUGACAUAGUUGAUCAGGAGCUGAGAGAAAAAAAAGAAUCAUCAGAUAUUUAUUUUGGGUAGAUGUGAUAUUUCACCGUAUAGAAGGUUUAAGUAUAGGAUUCAAACAUGUAUUCAAUUGAUUUGGUAAACCAGUUUCUUUCACUUUUCAUGAAGAUGCUUAAAUCGUGGGUUAUGGGUGGGGUGGGAGGGAUAGAAAGUCGUGUUACAGGUACUUGGCCUGUUGCAUGGAAUUGGUUGCUGCUGGUACCAGUCAGUUGGAAAAUUACUAUAUUUCAUCUAUAAUGAUGAACAGAGAUACUUGAAGUUGUAAAAAAUGAUAAACAUUGUAUGUAGUGAAUCCUGCUGAAACCUGAUCAGUAUGCAAGAAUGUCAAUGCCUUUGAAUUGUUUCUGUAUGUAUAUUACAGCCAAGAAAAGUAAUCACCCAUGGUUCCUGGAGAAAGUCAUUUUACAAAUUCUAAAUUAUGGAUUAUAAUGCAAGUCAACUACAGCCUGGAACCCAAAAAGAUGUUUCCAACACUCAUACUUCAUAUUUGUAUACACUGCAACCUGUUUAAAAAUGUGUUCAAUUAAAGUGAGAAAUAAAAGCAUGUUUAUCCAAUUUUGUGAGAGCUCAUAAUAUUUAGGUUGACCUGUGCAAAGUUGUAGCAAACAAUUAAGGGAGAUUCUAUUUUUUCCAUAACUCCAUGCAAAAUGGUCAAUUUCCCAGCAAACUAGAAUGCUUAAUUGAAUGUUGAAUACAUUUCUAUGGUGCUAUUUGAAAUUACAAUCCAAUAUAUCCUAACUUGGCCAAUCUGUUCAUGUCAAAGUUCUUUAUAGAUGCUAAAAAUGUUUGCACCAAAUCUUUGGAGCAGAAUUAUAAAUAUUUCAUUUAACAUUUCAUUUGUUUAUCACUUAGAUAUUUAUUUCCAUCUCAAGAAACCUCCAUUGAGAGAGAUGUAUAAUGCAGUUCUUCUUGCGUAUGGCGUG